AAAACAAUUCAUAGUUGUAGUUUUUUCUUAUUUCAUACCCUUUUAGUUCCGGUCCAACCCUGCACAAGGAAGGAACAAGCAAUUGCCGUUUACCCCUGCGAACGCCGAGAAAGUAUCGAAUCAUCGCAUCAACAGACGGUUUUAAUGUUUCAAGGUACUCGUUCCUCAAUUUUAACUCAAUUUCGGCAAAAAUGAUAGGAAAAUGAUGUUAAAUUAGCCCAACAGUUUUCGUUCAAUGUGAAUUGGGGUGGUUAGGACAGGAAUUUAGGAACUUUUAGGUUAGGACUUUUUGAUUUUUUUUCUAAUUAGGGUUUAGGAUAACAAAUAUGAAAGGCCGAACGCAUCGGGCUGAACCCCAUGACGACUGGGGAGAUGGUUCAUGGACCGUGGAUUGCAUCUGCGGUGUCAAUUUUGACGAUGGUGAAGAGAUGGUGAAGUGCGAUGAGUGCGGCGUUUGGGUCCACACACGCUGCUCGCGUUACACCAAGGGAGAAGAGCUGUUUGCCUGUGAUAAGUGCAAGAAUAAAAGCAACCGUAACUACAGUGAGGAGACGGAGGUGGCACAGUUGUUGGUUGAACUGCCAACGAAAACGGUUAGGAUAGAGAGUAGUUCUACACGGCGGCCCUUUAGGCUUUGGACUGAUAUCCCCAUGGAAGAACGUGUUCAUGUUCAAGGGGUUCCAGGAGGGGAUCCUGGUUUAUUUAGAGGACUGUCUGGGGUUUUUACGCCGGAUUUAUGGAAGUGUACUGGGUAUGUGCCUAAGAAGUUCAGUUUCCAGUAUAGGGAAUUCCCUUGUUGGGAUGAUAAGAAAGAAGAUAACAGAACUGGUAGUCAAAAUGAGAUUGAGAGUGGGAAUCUGGCUGAUAAUGGUGCUGGUGUUCUGUUUUCGUUGUCCAAGGAGAGGGUGUUUUCUGCUCCGAUGUAUCCCAAGAAGGAUGCUUUAAAUGAAGGGAAGAAGAGUGAGCAUGAAGAUGUGGAUGGAAAACGUUGGCAGAAUGGAGUAAGGACGGAUAGGGGUGUUCUUCAGCCUGUUAUGGUACCCUCCAGUAAGCAGAAGAAAGAUGAGAAUGGGUUGUCCAAAGAUAGGAGUACAAGGAAGAAGGCUAGAAGUUCUGCUGAGAAAGAGGCGUGCGAGAAGAAGAGAGCUGAACAGCCCCAUACAAAAGUAGUGUUUAGACCCAGCUGUGAUGCAAAACAAUUGGAAUUUUAUGAAGACAGAAUUCCAAAGUCUUACACAACUGAUGUUCAGAGUGGAAAGAACAAAAAUUUUAAGGACAAUGUGCUUCAAGAACCAACAUCCGAUGGUAAUCUUGCACUAAACCCUGCAGUGGAAAGGCCUAAGAACAACUCAUCGGGAACGGAGCAUGCUUUAGAGGUCUCAUCUUCUGUCUUGUCUAUACACAAUUCAAUUAGAGACAAUGGGAAGGAGGAGAAGGCUGAUGAUCAAUUUCCCACAGCUAUGACAGGCACUCCAAAAACUAAAGAUCUUGUUCAGUUGCCAUUAGCGCACAAAUAUACUGGGAUAACUCCUGCUAAAGAAGAGGGUGAUAGAAUGGCAAUUAACAAAGUAAAUGGUGGUGUAUUAGAAGGUUCUACAAGAAGUCCUCGGGAACAUCAGGUUGAUGUUUUGGCCAGUACUGCCCUGAGGGUUCAGGGUAAUUAUAUUCUUAAAGAUUCUAACAGAGGCAUGUCUCACAGUUUUGAUAAAUCUGAGAUUGAGGCGAAAAGAAAAGUGAAUGAUGACUAUUCUAAAGUUUUCUUAAUUGAUAAACGUUCUAAUCCUGAUGAUACUAAAGAUACUGAGAUGUCUUUCCAUCAGACAUCAGAAACAUCCCAGAUGAAUGACAGGGUUAGAGGCCAUUCACAAUCGUCUCACAGUAAGGCAAAGGUCUAUGAGUCAGAAAUUGUUGCUAAUUGUCAUUCUGAUAAAGCAAAUGAGUUGUCUGGCGAUUGUUCUUUGCUAAAAUAUGAUUUGGAGGGUUCAGAAGUUUCUGAGUCUGUGAAGAAAAGGUCUUCAGAAUCCAACCAUAUUCCUAGAUCUGCUGAAGAGCCUAAAGCAUGUAUAAACGUUCUAACCUCUGAAGAACAGUCUAACCAACGUGAAAUGGUAGAAUGUGUUGGAAAGUCAUCUUCCACAUCAUCUGCUGCCAUAAUCCCCAUAUUGUCUAUUCCAGAUGGCUCUAAACCAAUUGAUACUCAGAAUAACACAAAGCAACUAGUAAUGCCUGACAAUAACAUCAUUAAGAAAGAUCAUGCUACAGAUGAUGUGCCUAGGGAUGAAGACAGACUUGAGUUAUCACAUAAGGUAGUAAAAGAGCGUACAAAAUCCUCUUCUGGUUCUACUUCGAAAGUCUCACACCACCAAAGCAGGACUUCAAAUGCUUCCAUUUUGAAAAGAACCAUAUCUGAAUCUAAAGAUUCUGUGCCUUCCUCAUCUUUAAAGGCAUCUUUUGUGCAGAAUACUUCAGUUGCCUCAGUCACUGGUGAGUCUACUGGUUCACUGCAAAGUCAGUCUGCCACGUACAUUCAACAAAAUAAGACAUCGGUUUCUGGUUUACCACAGAAAGGUGAAAAGUUCAGCCAGUCAAGUACCCAGAUAACAUCUAAGGUUACUCAUGCAUCAUCAGGACAUCCUUUUGCAACAUCAAAUUCCUCUACACUGAGUGAUGAAGAGCUUGCUUUGCUUUUGCAUCAAGAACUUAAUAGUUCUCCGAGAGUCCCUCGUGUUCCACGUGUGCGGCAGACUGGUAGUUUUCCUCAGCUGGCAUCUGCAACUGCAACAAGCAUGCUAAUGAAGCGUGCAUCUAGCUCAGGCGGAAAGGAUUACAGUUUGGUCCCUAGAAGAAAAAACAAGGAUGCAUCUAAAGAUGGGUCCCGUGGAUCUCGUGAGCUCGAUCAUGAAAGGACUGAUAAAGUACGAUCUUCACAUGAUCAGAAACAAGAUCUUGGUUCUGCCAUGGAUUUUUCUGCUAAAAGGAAUGACAAGAAUGUACAUCCCACACCCACCACAACCUCAAACAGUGGUCCUUCUUCAACUGAAGCUAAUGAACAAAAUUUGCCAUUUGUACGUAGUUCACCCAGAAAUUUCUCUGAUGAUGAUGGAGGCACAGUUCGUGGUUCGGUACCUCGUACUUUACCUGGCUUGAUAAAUGACAUUAUGAGCAAAGGCAGGCGAAUGACAUAUGAUGAACUUUGUAAUGCAGUACUGCCGCACUGGCCUAGCUUGAGGAAGCAUAAUGGAGAACGAUAUGCAUAUUCUAGUCAUUCUCAAGCCGUCCUUGAUUGCCUAAGAAAUCGACAAGAAUGGGCUCAGUUAGUUGAUCGUGGUCCUAAGACUAAUUCAAGUAAGAAAAGGCGCAAGCCUGAUGCUGAAGAUUCAGAUGAUAACGAAUUCAGCAAGGGAAGAAGUAUGAAGGAGGUAGAAAGCAAGUGCCUCGAGUCACAGAAAGAAGAGUUUCCCAAGGGCAAAAGGAAAGCCAGGAAGCGCAGGCGGCUGGCUUUGCAAGGAAGAGGAAUAAAAGAUGUCCAAAGGAGAAGGAAAGUAGAUUUCAGUGAUGAUGAUGCUGGACCCUUCUCCAAUUCAAGCGAGGAGAGCAUGUUCAGCGAGGAUGAUAUCCAAGGAAGUGGAGCUUGCCCGGUGGGAAGCGAGGCCUCAACAAGUUCAUAUGAAACAGGGUCCAUGUAACUUCAACCGAAUAGAGUUAUGAUUUUCAACUGAUUUCUGGAGAUGAAGAAACGGCCUCGAGUUUUAACAUUUGGACACUGUGCUCUUCUGUUUCUCGUAUCCCAUCUGCCGAUCCUUUGAGAUGAUUCUGUAUUGUAUUUUUAUUCAAUGAUCGCUUUUUGUGCGGCAACGGGUUCGUGCCAGAUCAACGAUUCACUAUGGCUUGUAAUUGUAACUGCCUGUUGGUCUGUAUGAUUGAAAUGUAAUUCUACUACUAGUACUGUACAUCAACGGAUAUUUUUAUGGUCUAAUACAGUCUUGAUGAUAUUUUUUUGUA